AUGAGUUACCACACACCAAUUCUUUCACUUUACGACCUCUGUCAAGCUAUGGCUUACGGCUCAGGCGCGCCAAUCGAAAACGAAGGGCUCGAAGGCAGAAGAGCUCACCAUUCAAGACGUCAUCAUGGCCGUUCCAGACACAGGUCAGAUGUGAACAACCGCUUUGCCCAACACCCUCACUUUUACUACAUACCUAGUUAUUAUGAUGCCGGCGAUGAGGACGAGGACGAGAUUGAUGAGCAGCAAUACCCUUACUAUUGGCUAGGGCAAACUGCGCGCAAUGAACCACUACCACAAUUUCAGCAACAGCAACAGCAGCGGAGGCAACAGCCACAACCGGAAUUUCUGACGCGGAUAUUAAGGGAGGCGUUUGGCCCGGGCCAAGCGGAACGAGAACCCGAGGAAACUGACGCCAACGGCGCCGUGUCGAACGAAGAGGCUGCAGAGGCUCCAUCACUAGCUGCUCCAGCUGGGCCAUCGGACGCGAAGACUCAAGAAGACGGAGAUGCAGAUGUUCCUACCUCACCCCCACAAACAACCGCUCGCUCCGAGGCUCCCAGUCCCGUUCCUGAGCCCUUGCAGGUAUCCAAGCCCCAGAUGCGCCGUGGGGUUCCCUUUUCGCCCAAAGUCAACGUUUACGAUGACGCUGACGCCUAUGGCGUGGUGAUGGCUCUUCCUGGCGCCAGCUCCAAGUCCUUCAAGAUAGACUACCAUCCCACGUCGCACGAAUUGCUCAUUAAGGGCAGCAUCGACAAAAAAUUCGGGUACGACGAGAAAAACGUGCGUGUCUCUGAGCUCCCCACCGGCAAGUUCGAAAGGUCUGUGAGACUUCCAGUGGUCCCCAGAAUCAAGGACGAAGAGAUUAAGGCUACCUAUUGCAACGGGCUGCUGCAAAUUAAAAUUCCCAAGAUCUUAAACGACACUUUGCAGCCUCCACCAAGAAGACACAUUGUAAUAGAAGACGUUCCCGAUGAAGAGCUAGAAUUUGAGAAGAACCCAAACCCUGUUACAACGCUCUAA